UUCUGGUUACUGGAUCGUUUUUUUCCUCUCCUAUGAAGGGAAAAUUGACAUUGUGCCCUUGGCAGAGUAUGGUUUGGAUAAAUAAAGUAAGAAGGUUAGUAUUCAGGAUCCAAUGCAGCCCUAGGUGCAUUUUUAAAUGAAUGAACAAUUUCUAUCAAGGUAGAUUUUCCAAGCUUUGAUUAGUUGGAUUAGUUUUGUUUAAGGCUGUUUGUUGUCAAAGGAAUGAUAUUGCUUAAGAUGGUUCUUCAUUCACUGAUGCAGUUUAUACCACAUCAAUCUUCGGGGUCAGUGAGUUGUUUUAGGCCAUGAAUUCUUCUCCCUCCCUCCUUCCUUCUUCUCUUUUCCUUUCUCCUUCUUCCCUUUCAUACCUGCUACUCCUUAAUUGCUGCAAGUAUCAAUUGGACUUCGCUUACCUGCCAGGCCUUAGGGUUUUUCAGGCAGAAUCUCAGUUUAAAAGCUUCUACCUUAAAUACCACGUGAUUAUCCUCAAAGUGUUGAUGUUUAUUGUCAUCAGGCAACAUUUUAUAAGCAGCCACUCCUAAAACUUUACCAAAAUCACAUCUAAAACAAACAAUUGGCAUUCAGCACAGAAAGAAUAAAGACAACCUCUAGAGUUAAAUGUAAUCUCACAGUGAUUUUAAAUCCUUGGACAAGAGGAAUACUCUUGUUUCUUUGAUUGAAAAGAAAAAAAAAAACCCACAGAACUUUACAAAACUAUGUGAGAUUUGAAUGGGAAGGAUGUAUGUAUGCAUGUGUAACGACUUAAAAAUACAGAUGCCCCCAGGUGCUGUGUCAUAGCCCCCGGUCUAGGAGUCCAGGGAUAUAAAAAAUCUUGCUUAGGUGAUUCUCAUACAGUCAGUCUUCAGACUGGCAUCUGGGAAUGAUGGCUGUCCUAGGCAUCCUAAAGCACAUUUUAUGAUAGUUUUCCCUGUUGCUAUUUUGUUUUCUGUCUGAUAAUUAUAGUCAAGGCAGCUGCAUAGGGUUUUGCUGUUUGAGAGCCCCUGGUGGAGGUGACAGCCAGUUGCUGAAAUUUGGCCCGUCUUACUUGACAAGCUCAUUUGCCACCUUUUGCUCGUUGGUCUAUCCAAGGGGCACCUUUUCUUCUCUGAACCAAGGUGUUGUAUGGGCUAAAGGUGGCCAGAAUUGAAAUAGGCCAGGUUGUCCCUCUGCAGAUUGCAUUUGGUUUAUUGGCAUUUUAUUAGGCAUUUGCUGUUUGUACUUUAACAUGAAAAUCCAGAUUGUUUUGAAAGGGUGGACUGUCUGGCCACACCAAUCCUAUAAUCCCAUACGUGGAGGAUUUGCCAGUGCUCGGUAGAGCCUGCCUUUUUUAAGAUGUGUGGUAUGUUUGCCCAUUUAAGUCCUCACUGCUCCACGUUGUCUAACAUUCAACCCAGCCUUCCCUGUGUACGUGACCUUGGCUUCUGUGGGCAACUGAGUUUGCAGCCUUUGAAGUAGACCUUGACAUCUGUGAGAAAUAGCUCUCCAGGGCCCCUCAAAUUCCCAGAUAACUCAGAUGCCACUGGAACAUCUAGGUUCAUAAGUAUCUACAAGCAUAGAGAAACAGUUUUAUCUUGAUUUGCUGGCAGAUUUCAUUCACUCCACAGGUUUCUGUCUCAUGUGGACCAGCCUGGAAUGAAGCACACUCAGGUGGCUCAGAUUUGUGCCAGAGACUGGAACUCUGGGUUACUCCAGGGAGGUUGAAACCUGUUGCCUGAAAUAUGAGAAACUGAAGGGUCUCAACAAAUUUCACUCUUUCAGUUUUUGUAUUUUUUGAUCUGACUGUAGAUGAUCAGUCAAUUUAUCCUAAGGAAUUAAGAGACCAAUACAUCAUGUCAAAAACUCUCGGAAGUGGUGCCUGUGGUGAGGUGAAGCUAGCUUUUGAGAGGAAAACAUGUAAGAAAGUAGCCAUAAAAAUCAUCAGCAAAAGGAAGUUUGCUAUUGGCUCUGAGAGAGAUGCAGAUCCAGUUCCUGAUGUUAAAACAGAAAUACAUAUUUUGAAAAAACUAAAUCAUCCUUGUAUCAUCAAGAUUAAAGACUUUUUUGAUGCUGAAGAUUAUUAUAUUGUUUUGGAAUUGAUGGAAGGAGGAGAGCUCUUUGACAGGGUGGUGGGGAAUAAGCGCCUGAAAGAAGCUACAUGCAAACUCUAUUUUUACCAGAUGCUCCUGGCUGUACAGUACCUUCACGAAAAUGGUAUUAUACAUCGGGACUUAAAGCCAGAGAAUGUUCUACUCUCAUCUCAAAAAGAGGACUGUCUUAUAAAGAUUACUGAUUUUGGGCAGUCUAAGAUUUUGGGGGAGACCUCUCUAAUGAGAACCUUAUGUGGGACUCCCACCUACCUGGCUCCUGAGGUUCUUAAUUCCUUUGGGACUGCUGGAUAUAACCGAGCUGUGGAUUGCUGGAGUUUAGGAGUGAUUCUUUUUAUCUGCCUUAGUGGGUAUCCACCUUUCUCUGAGCAUAAGACUCAAGUGUCUUUGAAGGAUCAGAUCACCAGUGGAAAAUUCAAUUUCAUUUCUGAAGUCUGGGCAGAGGUCUCAGAAAAGGCUCUGGACCUUGUCAAGAAGUUGUUGAUAGUGGAUCCAAAGGUGCGUUUUACGACAGAAGAAGCUUUAAGACACCCGUGGCUUCAGGAUGAGGACAUGAAGAGAAAAUUCCAGAAUUUACUUUGUGAAGAAAAUAAGUCAACGGCUCUACACCAAGUCCUGGCCCAGCCUUCCACAAGUCAAAAGCGGCUUCUUGAAGGGGAAGCAGAGGAUGCUGACACCACAAAGCGUCUGGCUGUGUGUGCUGCUGUGUCGUGAACUUUGGUUGAACAUGAAAGAAACCUGCCUUCUUGAACCUGCUGCCAUUUUCUUUAAAUCUGUUUUUUACAGUUUAUUUUAAUUGUGGGGACAGUUGCUUUUUCACGAUCAUCAAUACACAAUUCCAAACCUAGUGGAACCUGGGCUUUGGCUUCUGUUUGGUGAUGAGCUCUUUAGCUGCACACCUUUUUUGUGUAUUUGCAGUUUUGUGCUUUUUGUCUCGUGCUCUGCAUUGGCUGGAACCAGGUGGGUAUCCCUGGUCUCAGCCUGGGCAAGCUGCAUACAAAUUUGAAAGACCCUUGAGAAAGUUGGAGAUUGGGGUGGAGUUUGUAGAGACUGGCUAGUCACCAAAGUCCUCAUGAGAUGGGAGGUACCUUGGUACCAUAUACCACAGGCCAGUUUUAAAUUCUCACCUCACCUGUGUAAAGGUACAGGUCCAUUGUCGCUGAAACCAUGGGACCAAAACAGUUGUGAAAUUUGAAAUUUUCCUGGUUUUGGGAAGGAUACAUGGCACAUCAACUCUAUUAUUUGUAACACCUAGUAGAGUCCUAUAACUAAGCACUUAAAUACUUUAGCAGCAAAUAUUCACAAUAAAAGGGUUAGAGAAGACUGUAAGUGCCUGUCAGUGCAGGUCACUUUUCUGUCAAAGGAGUUAUGGAUGACUCUCAGGUUUUAAAGCUGUUUGGAUUUUGGAAAUGCAAAUGAGGCAUGUGGGCAUUUCAUGUUGAGCCAAUGACAACCAAGGAAGCCCUGAAUAAAGCCCUUCUCUUGGCUGA